GGCAUGGCUACAUCAAGAUAGAAUCAUUAGCCAUAUUUAAAGAUAAAAAGUCAUAAUGACUAAUAACAGUAGAUCAUUGACUAAGUUUUCAAUCUGCAUUUGUGCUGGCUGACAGUGGUUACAUAACAAGCCAUGGUGGUUGGAAGCAUGUAGGGUGGGAGGGUUAGAUCCUGGAGAUUCCACAAAUUGGAAUAUUGAUUAGACUUUUUAUUUCUUUCUUUCUUGUUUGUUUCCCAAGAAUUAGUUUUCCUUGUGCCAUAUAGGAGAAGGUGCCACAGGUCUGUGUUGAGGAAGGUGUCUUUCUUGUUUUUGUUUGUUCACUUUGUGCUAUAGGAAAAUGGCCUGAAUUAUGAGUGUACUUCCUGAUCAAGGAGUGAUUCACUUGCUUUGAUGGUUCAAGGGCUAGAUGGGAUUGUUUAUAUGAAUUGAGAUUGAGAUUCAGAGAACAUGAAUCGAUGGUAAUUGGGAAUGAAAACCAUUUCGAAAGGAUUUUAAAGGAAUAACCGAUCUCUCUUGCAGCAGUGAUCCAAGUUCUUCAAGAUACUGGUAGAAAACAAUAGGAAAACAGAAACUGCAGUUCUCAAUAUGGCUGGGGAGAAUGGUUGGAGAGGAGGCAAAUACACAGAGCAGGCCACAGCUUCAACAAGCCAUUCAUCAGUGAUGGAGAUAGAGAAAGUCCCAAACGAUACAGAUAGUAAACAGGAGACAGACACAAACAGGGAAAAAGAAGAAAGUACUCGAACAGUUCCAUUCUGCAAGCUGUUCUCAUUUGCUGACUCCUGGGAUUAUCUAUUCAUGUUUGUGGGCGCAGUCGCUGCUGCUGCAAAUGGGGUAUCCACGCCUCUUAUGACCAUACUCUUUGGAGAUGUAAUCAAUUCUUUUGGAAAAGACUCGAACUCCAAAGAUAUGGUUCAUGAAGUUUCCAAGGUUUCUCUGAAGUUUGUGUACUUAGCAAUUGGGACUGGAGUUGCAUCAUUUCUUCAGGUGACUUGCUGGAUGCUCACAGGUGAGAGACAGGCGGCACGAAUAAGAAGUUUGUACUUGAAAACCAUAUUGAGGCAAGAUGUUGGCUUCUUUGAUAAGUUCACUAAUGCUGGAGAAGUUGUUGGGAGGAUGUCUGGUGACACGGUUUUUAUCCAAGAUGCCAUGGGUGAGAAGGUUGGAAAGUUUAUACAGUUGAUGGCAACAUUCUUGGGAGGCUUUAUUGUAGCUUUCUGCAAGGGGUGGCUUCUCACCCUUGUCAUGUUAUCAUGUUUUCCACCUCUCGUCAUCGUCGGUGCUUUCACGACCAUGUUUAUAACCAAGAUGGCAUCCCGCGGACAAGCUGCAUAUUCAGUUGCAGCAGUUGUAGUAGAACAGACAAUUGGCUCAAUCAGAACUGUUGCUUCUUUUACUGGGGAAAAGCAAGCCAUAGCCAAAUACAACCAGUCUUUGUCCAAAGCCUACACAUCCGGUGUGCAAGAGUCCGUGCUUUCAGGGCUAGGUUUUGGAUUAUUUAUGUUUGUCUUAUUCGCAAGUUAUGCUUUGGCCAUGUGGUUUGGUUCCAAAAUGAUAAUUGAUAAAGGAUACACAGGAGGGGCUGUCAUGAAUAUAAUUUUUUCUGUGGUGGCUGGCUCCAUGUCUCUAGGGCAGGCAUCUCCAUGCUUGAGUGCAUUUGGCUCUGGACAAGCUGCAGCAUUUAAGAUGUUUGAGACAAUAGAAAGAAAGCCAGAAAUAGAUGCCUACAGCAGUGAUGGACAGAAAUUGGAUGAUAUUCAGGGCGAUGUGGAACUAAGGGAUGUUUAUUUCAGUUAUCCAACAAGGCCAGAUGAACAAGUAUUUAAAGGAUUCUCACUUUCAAUACCUAGUGGUACAACUGCAGCCUUGGUUGGAGAGAGUGGAAGUGGGAAAUCGACUGUGAUCAGUUUGAUAGAGAGGUUUUAUGACCCGCAAGCUGGUGAAGUUCUUAUAGAUGGUAUCAAUCUCAAGGAAUUUCAGCUGAGAUGGAUCAGAGGUAAAAUAGGCCUUGUCAGCCAGGAACCGGUUCUGUUCACUUCUAGCAUUAGAGAUAACAUCGCCUAUGGGAAGGAUGGAGCUACUAUAGAAGAAAUAAGGGCUGCUGCUGAGCUUGCCAAUGCUUCUAAAUUCAUAGAUAAACUCCCUCAGGGACUAGACACACUGGUUGGUGAACAUGGAACUCAGUUGUCCGGGGGCCAAAAGCAGAGAGUUGCUAUAGCCAGAGCAAUUCUCAAGGACCCGAGAAUUCUACUUCUAGAUGAAGCUACAAGUGCCCUUGAUGCAGAAUCUGAAAGGGUUGUGCAAGAGGCAUUGGACAGAGUUAUGAUCAACCGUACUACCAUCAUCGUAGCCCAUCGUUUGAGUACAGUGAGGAAUGCAGACAUGAUUGCUGUUAUUCAUCGAGGAAAAAUUGUUGAAAAAGGAGCACACUCUGAGCUAAUCAAGGAUCCUGAUGGGGCAUACAGUCUGCUUAUAAGGUUGCAAGAAAUUAGCUCAGAACAGAAUGCUUCACAUGAUCAGGAAAAACCAGAGAUCUCUGUGGAUUCAGGAAGACAUUCAAGUAAGCGGAUGUCUUUGUUACGAUCUAUAAGCCGAUCAUCCAGCAUUGGACAAAGCAGCCGCCACUCUUUCUCUAUGUCAUUUGGUGUACCCCCUGACAUCAACAUCAUAGAAACAGCACCUGAUGGACAAGAUCCAGCACCAUUGGAGCAUCCCCCUAAAGUCCCGCUUGGUCGCUUGGCCUAUCUUAACAAGCCAGAAAUUCCAUUUCUACUACUUGGUACUAUAGCUGCAGUUGUCAAUGGUGCAGUAUUUCCAGUUUUUGGGAUACUGAUCUCAAGCAUAAUAAAAUCUUUCUUCAAGCCCCCACAUGAACUCAGGAAGGAUGCUAGAUUUUGGGCACUGAUGUUUGUUGUUCUUGGUCUGGUGUCCUUUUCUUCUUUGUCAUUAAGGUCUUACCUAUUUUCAACUGCGGGUUUUAAGUUAAUAAAAAGGAUAAGAGCAAUGUGCUUUGAGAAAGUAGUUUACAUGGAAGUAAGUUGGUUCGAUGAAGCUGAUCACUCAAGCGGUUCAAUUGGCGCAAGGCUUUCUGCAGAUGCGGCCAUGGUGAGAAGUCUGGUUGGAGAUGCCCUCUCUUUGCUUGUACAGAACAGUGCAGCAAUGAUUGCUGGCUUGGUUAUUGCCUUUGUAGCAAACUGGAAAAUGUCUUUUAUCAUCCUUGUGUUGCUACCUCUAUUUGGAGCUAAUGGAUACGUUCAAGUGAAGUUCCUGAAAGGUUUUACUGCAGAUGCAAAGAAAAAGUAUGAGGAAGCAAGUCAAGUAGCCAAUGAUGCAGUUGGGAGUAUAAGAACAGUUGCUUCUUUCUGUGCUGAAGAGAAAGUGAUGCAGCUAUACCAGCAGAAAUGUGAAGGCCCCAUGAAUGCAGGGAUAAGGGAAGGGUUAGUUGGUGGGGUUGGUUAUGGGGUAUCCUUCUUCUUGCUGUUUGCUGUCUAUGCUACUGCCUUUUAUGCUGGCGCUCGACUGGUUGAUGUUGGGCAGGCAACAUUCGCUGAGGUUUUUCAGGUUUUCUUUGUUCUCACCCUGGCAGCUGUUGGAGUCUCUCAAUCAAGCUCCCUCGCUCCUGAUACAGGCAAAGCCAAGAAUGCAGCUGCUUCAAUAUUUGCGAUUCUUGACCGUGAAUCAAAAAUAGACUCUAGUGAUGAAUCAGGAACAACAUUAGAAAAUGUUAAAGGAGAAAUUGAGUUUCACCAUGUCAGUUUCAGAUAUCCCACUAGACCAGACAUACAGAUUUUCCGUGAUCUUUGCUUGGCAAUUCACUCUGGCAAGACAGUUGCUCUGGUCGGAGAAAGUGGGAGUGGUAAAUCAACAGCAAUCUCACUGUUGCAGAGAUUUUAUGACCCGGAUUCAGGUCAUAUCACUCUGGAUGGAGUAGAGAUCCAAAAGCUACAGUUGAAGUGGUUCAGGCAGCAAAUGGGUCUAGUUAGCCAGGAGCCUGUGUUAUUCAAUGAGACCAUCCGAGCCAACAUAGCAUAUGGUAAAGAAGGGAAUGCAACAGAAGCAGAAAUUUCAGCUGCAGCAGAAUUAGCAAAUGCCCACAAGUUCAUCAGUGGUUUACAACAGGGCUAUGAUACAACUGUUGGAGAGAGAGGAAUUCAGUUGUCUGGAGGACAGAAACAAAGAGUGGCAAUUGCUCGGGCUAUUGUGAAGGAUCCAAAGAUACUACUCUUAGAUGAAGCUACCAGUGCUCUUGAUGCUGAAUCUGAAAGGGUGGUUCAGGAUGCACUGGACCGAGUUAUGGUGAACAGAACCACACUAGUUGUGGCUCAUCGGUUGUCCACGAUCAAGGGUGCAGACUUAAUUGCUGUGGUUAAAAAUGGAGCCAUUGCAGAGAAAGGAAAGCAUGAGACUUUAAUUAACAUUAAGGAUGGAAUUUAUGCCUCAUUGGUAGCACUGCAUAUGAGUGCUUCAUCUUAGUGAGCUUAUUGUAUUCUUUUUGUUUUUCUCCUUCUUCCUAUAAUAUGUAUCUCCUCUUUUCUUAAAUUUCAUCCCAAUGGAAUACUAAAGUCUUAAAAAGAAAGGAAUGAAAUAUGUUUUUUUUUCAAUUUAUAAAAAAAUUAUAUAGAAUAUUUCUUCC